CUUGGGCUCUUAGCACCUGCAAGCAUGCACCCAACAUUCCUUCCCCUAGCAUGCACUUCACCAGUCACAAGAAGCCAUCAUUAAUCCAUGUCCUGACAGGAAGCAUAACUUAUAGAGAAGCUAGUAUGUUCUGAGAAAGAAGGAAGUAAACACAGGCAGCAAACCACUACCCUAAGCUGACUGUCCUUUAAAUAUGUCAAGAUCCAGACUUUUCAGUGUCACUUCAGUGAUCUCAACAAUAGGGAUCUUGUGUUUGCUGCUAUUCCAGUUGGUGCUCUCGGACCUACCAUGUGAAGAACAUGAAAUGUGUGUAAAUUAUAAUGAUCGACACCCUAAUGGCUGGUAUAUCUGGAUCCUGCUGCUGGUUUUCAUGGCAACUCUUCUCUGUGGAGCAGUGGUCCUCUGCCUCCAGUGCUGGCUGAGGAGACCCCGAAUUGAUUCUCACAGGCGCACCAUGGCCGUUUUUGCUGUUGGAGACUUGGACUCCAUUUAUGGGACAGAAGCAGCUGUGAGUCCAACUGUUGGAAUUCACCUUCAGACUCAAACCCCUGACCUGUAUCCUGUUCCAUAUGAAGAAAUUUUAGGCUCCCCACCUCCAUAUGAAGAUAUUAUAAAAACAAGCUGAUCUGAGACAAAUACAUAUUAUUUCAGAAAAUUCUCAGAAUGACUAAAUCACCAAUUUUCGUAAUGGAAACAUAGGAGAACCAAUACUGGAUUGUGUAUAAUAUUAUUUUCCAAUUACUGCAUAUCAGAAGCCACCGUGAUCCACUUAAGAACAAAAGCUGUGCAAUCUGCUUCAGGAAUGAUUUUUCUACUAAUUUCUAGUGUAUCCACUGACUAUAAGGCUGAAACUAUUCUCAAGCUUGAGAAUCUAGAGACAAAAAAAGAAAACGAACAAGUUUAAGUGUGAAGAACAGAGUCUGGUAAAGAGACUAAACAGAGAAUCAGCCUUCUCUCUGUGAUGGUGAUCUCUGGUUUAAUAAGACUGCUCCAUCAAUGAUGCAGCAAAUAUAUGGGUUGUAUUUCCAGUUGCGGCAUUAGGGACUUUUUAGUCCUCACCUCAAUUUUGCUACCUUGGAAAGAGAGGAAAAUGCUGUAUUUAGGAAAGAUGUCCCUUAAGAAAUGAUCUGUUAUUGGAGAUAGGAAGGAUGUUCAGAGGUAAAAAUCAGGAAAAGGAUCAGGUGUUUAGGGAUAGAGGCAAGAAAAGUAUAGGGCCAUCUGAAGCAAAGAAAGAAAUGCAGUCUGAUUGGAAGGUGAUAAGUAGACAGGAGAGUGGUAAACCGAGAGGCAGUAGCAGUUUCCAGAGCUGAAUUCAUGGAGAGCCUGAAAAUUAGUUUACAACUUUUGUUGCUUUAUCCUAAAAAAAAUAGGAAGACAAUCUGGCUGCAGUAUGAAGCAUGGAUUGGGGGAAGGAAUAUAAGAGACUGUUGCAAUCAUCUCAGGGAGAAGAUAAAAAUUUGGACUAGGAUUAAGAUAAUAACUUGGACUAAGGGAAUGACUUAGAGGGCUUUAAAUUAGUUAGAAUCUAUAGUGUUUAGUCUUUAGCUGAUCAUCAAAAUGUAAGUAGUGAGAGAGUUCGAAACAAAUUCUAGGGUUUUCUAUAAAGCCUAAGAUACCUAAUAUCUAGCACACAGGAUUACAUAAAUGUUUUAGAAUAAAAUAACAACAGAUACUUUU